AUUUGUUUCCAUGGUGACGAGCGUCAACGUUCCAAACGUGCAGUUAGCAUAGCAGCUGCGAACUUUAGUGUCUGUCAGAUAUUACGGUCGUUGUGGCCUUUUUUUGGUGACUACAUUCUACACCUAAACAAGGCUAGUGUUAGUUUUAACAUCCAUCUUUUGAAUAACACGUUUUCUUUCCAAUGGAUUAUGUGGGUUUAUCAUCCGAGGAGACCCUCAGGGCUCUGUCUGCCCUGUUAUCCACCAAGCAAGAAGACGAAGAGGAGGAGGAAGAGGAUCAAAGAGUGACUCCAUCUGCACAGCUGGGCCCUGGACAAAUUGGUCUCCCUCCACAGAAUUCUAAAGAAGAGCCAAGUAUAAAGAAGAGCAGCAAGGAUAUCUGGAGUGAGGAGGAGGUGGCUGAAGGCUCUCGAUUCAUGGACUUUGCUGACCCGCGGCCACAGCCUGAGUAUGAAAUGAUCCUCAAGCAAAGUGUGGGAACAGAAGAUGUGUUUUUUGGCCUCAGUGGGAAAGACCCCUCCUCCAUGUGCUGUGAAGCCCUGCUGGUCAAAAUUCAGCUUCCAGAUACCAGAGCUACAGAUGUCGUCUUGGAUGUAAAAGAGAAGUUCCUUGAUCUGAGGACACCGAAAUACAAACUGGGCCUCCAUCUUCCUCAUCCCGUCCACGCUGAGGAGAGCAGGGCACAGUUCUUCAGUGAGAGGGAAGAACUGCAGGUGACUCUGCUGAUGAAGCGCUCCAUGGAUUUUUUCAACAUGCAAUAAUGAAGACAAAUAUGUGUAGCACAAAUAAAAAUGGUAACCCACAAUAGGCAA